CGGCUGAAAAAACCCAAGACAAAAACGGUUAGGGGGGGCGGAGGGGGAGAGAUCAAAUGAACUCUAAAAUACAGCUUUUUCCCCUAUUUGCAAACAAGAGGAAGACUUUGAAGAGAGAAUGUUCAGUGUCAGGCUGGCCUACAUUUUCUCCUACAACCUGUUCCAGUUCUGCGGACACACGUGGAUACUGACGAACACGGUCGUCAGGUUUCUCACCUUCGGACAAGAUGCUCUAGCAGACACGUUUCACUCAGUCGGUUUCGUCAUGAGUCUCUGCCAGCUGCUCUCUGUCUUGGAGCUUUUCCACAUCGCCGACAGGAUUGAGAAGGCCAGACUGCUUCCACGCCUCAUCCAAGUUUUAGAGAAAAACCUCCUCCUGAUCAUGCUCAUCCUGGUGGACGAGGUUCAGAGCAAACCGGUCGUGUGCGCGCAGCUCUUCUUCUGGAACAUCUUGGACUUGCUGAGGUACCCCCAUGAAGUGAUGUGCUUGAUGGACGCCCCCUCCGCUGCCAUGCUGUGGGCCCGUUACACUCUGUGGAUCCCCAUAUACAUCCUGUCAGUUGUCACAGAAGGGUUCGCUAUAGUCCACGCGACGCAUUUCAUGGAGCAAGAAGCGCCUAGCGUGGGGAAUGCCACAGCUUCUGCGCCCAUUUGCCGCCCGCUCGUUCUCACGGUCUCGCUGCCUCUCCUCGCUUCGGGAGCGUCGCUCACAGUGUGGCAGUCGCUGAAGGAGAGACGACAUCAGCUGGAGAGGUGGGCCAAGAAGAUGAAGAGGGAAUGACCAAAUCAUAAAAAAAUCCAAAACAAACCUCUGGUUCUGGGUUUUG